AUGCCCGAUUAUCCUCGCAAGCGUGCUCUAGUCGCUUGGCUCGGAAACGCAAAUGUGACGGUGAGCCUCAAUGUGCAUACUGCACUGGCCAAGGAUGUCAGUGUCAAUAUCCAGAAGGCCCGAACGAGAAGCAAAGACACCCCUGAUAAGAUAUUACGGCGCUUGAGUCGAUUGGAGGCCCUUGUACAACAGCAAACAGAGGCCAUCUCAGCUUUAACCGAACACUUUAAACGGGAACCUCGACUAGAUGCUCCCCUUUCUCAGACCAGUCUUGCGAUCUUUGCAAAUUCUCGUGGUCUAAGCGCCCCUGUCAAUUCCUCCCAGGCUAUUUUACUGGGUGACAUCCCGCGGGCAGUCAGCUCGUGGCAAAGAUACGACUAUAGCGAUAAUGAGACUAGUCUUAUUCCACUAGGACACCAGACUCCAACAGGUAAUCUUCUCGGACUUGAGGGAAUCAAGAGCCUCAUCGGUGACUAUCCGCCGGGAUUCUUUCUCAUGCUAGAAUCGGAGCGCAAACUACCUCCUCUCGUACCGCGGACAUCCUACAAUUCAAUCAUACAGCGACUGAACCUAUAUCGCGAUAUCACAGACUCUUUGGUUGCUAGCUUCUUCACUCAUGUUCAUUCUACAUUCCCCAUUCUCGAUCAUGGCGACUUUAUGGAGACUUUUGAAAGGUUCUUAGUAGGAACCCAUGAGCCUGAUCUCUCCUCAGCACUUUGUCUUACCGUCUUGGCCCUGGGUGAUCUAUGCUCCCAAACAGAAGAUCCUUAUGAUACGGAAUCAAUCAAGAAUGGACAGAGUACAGAGUACUUUGCACAUGCGUAUCAGGUUCUGAGCUCAGAGGGAGCUGCAACUUUCUCUAGAGAGUUGGUUGUCCCUUUGGCAUUUUUCUAUGCCUCACUAUACUUUCGUUAUCGAGCAAGGCCACUGCAAGCUUGGAAAUUGGUAAACACGGCAUCUACAGGUGUUCAAUUGAUGUUUUCCUAUUUGCAUGACGCGACUAUUUCUCUCAAGCAUCAUCAAAUCCUUUUUCAUUUCCCUCGCAGUCAGAUUGAGGUUCUCGUGGAUGGAUUGCCUUUCCCAGAAUUUACAGACCCAAAUGAUAGGGACAAUCUCAAAUUCCUUGCUAUGUGCUCCAUUCGCAAACUUUUCAAUCGCAUCCAUAACACACUGUAUCCAAACAAACCCGCUGAACCGAACGGAAGUCCCUUUAACGAUACAAGAAACUCCUAUUCCCCACGACCUCCAACUACUCCAGUCGAAGCAGUGAACGUCGAACUGAACCGCCAGCUAGAGGUCUGGUUCGAUUCCCUGCCAGACCAAAUCAAACCAGAUCUGCUGGAUACCAACCCGCAAAGCACGCAAGAUAAUCAGCUACGAUUGCGGUAUUAUUCUGCGCGGCACAUCAUUUCCAGACCAUUCCUCGUAUAUGCAGCACAGUCAGAUGGGGAUCAACUUAGCCCGCUAAUAAAAUCCAAUUGCGAGACGUGCGUGGACAGCUGCCGAAAUUUUGUCAUUGCCACUGUUCCUUUUCUCCGGAAGAGAACACAUUCUACGUGGCUGAGAUUCCAAGCACUUCUAGCUGCAGUGUUUGUGCUUUCACUUGCCAGAACUACGCCGUCACUUUCGUCUCUCAUACCAGACUUUGACGACCUUAUCGAGCAUGUGAUACUUUGUACAGAGCCUUGGGCCCGCCAUCUUGAUACAGUUGAUGCUAUACUAGGCAUUUUUAAGACCAUCCAACGCAAAUCACGAAUUUCGUUUUUAGCCUCCUGA